AUGCCUAACAUUGACAUUGACAUUGUACACACGUCGCAGAUCGUACCUAUUCGAGAGUCCAUCAAGCUGCAAGCCAUGGAAGGCUGUGAGAAGAGCGCGCAAAGGAAGGGACUGUGCUAUGCUCAUGGUGGCAAACCGACGGACGCCAAGCGAUGCACUGUUGAAGGCUGUCUGAUGGUCGCUCGAACUAAGAAUCUGUGUAGAGCUCAUGGCGGUGGCGCUCCACUGUGCGUAGUGGAUGGGUGUGAAAAGGUAGCGGAGCCAGGAGGUCGCUGUGGUGCCCAUGGUGGAGGCAAGCGGUGUAAGAUCGAGGGCUGCACGAAGAGACGGGCGACCAAGGGACUGUGUUAUGAUCAUGGCGGCGGCAGGCAUUGUAGUCUUGAAUGGUGUAAUAAAUACGCCGACAAAAGCGGGUAUUGUGCUGGACACAAGAGGGAGAAGCAGCAAAUGAAGCGGGUAAAGCGAAACGAGGCGAGUCUGAUUGAGUGGGGGGUCGAAAGUGAUAGCAACGAGAUCGUCGCCAGCUGCGCUACCUCGACUACUGAGAACGCAAAUGUAGGUGGAGCCUCAACCGUUUGCACAUCGAGGUUUGCGAAGGAUAACAUGGGAGUAAUUGCCUCGGAUUCUUCGGACUCGACGGAAGACUAUUAA